UCUAGUUGGAGGGCUCCUCUUUAGCUCUUUGGAGUGUUUUCAAUUUUUUUUAAUUCUUUUUUUUUUUUUCUUUUUUUUUAGCCAUCAAGACUUUUAACAAUUCUGUUUUUUAUAUGUAUUUUUAUUUUUAAUUUACCUGACCUAUUUGAGUAUUCCUAUUUCCUUGUGCCUCCAGCUAAUGUAAGGACUUGGGUGUUUUCUGAGGAGUGAAUCCUGCUGGUGGAGAACGAUUUCUCAUCAAAAGCUUUUACUAAGGAUUCUUAAGGAGUUCCUUAUUGUUGCACCAGCUUCUGUGAGAAGUCAAUCAUGGCAGACUUCCCAUCCAAGGUUACCACAGAGACCAGCGUCCCUCACUCCCAGGGGAACAGCUUCCAAGGGAUGGCUGCCAGCGUAACCUUCAGAGUGGACAUGUCAUUUAUCCGAAGCAUCCCAGCCAUCCUCAUGAUGGUUGAAAGUAUUUUAGGGCUGCUCCACUGGACACUGAUAGCUAGCACCCUUGCUACAGUGGUGCCAGCAUAUGGCUGGGUACUGUUUGUCGCCAUCACUCUGUGGAUCCUCACCACCAUCCUCUUCUUCGUGAUCCUGUUCAGUGUCACACAACAACUGCCUACUGUCCCAUGGCCCCUGACGGUCAUGGUUUAUAAUGGCGCAGCCACAGUCCUCUAUAUCACCGCCUUCUUGACCAAUGCAACACAUGUGGCUCAAUACCAACUAUUUUCAUUCUACGAACAUUUGGCAGCUGCUGCAUUCUUUGGUGCUGUGGUGACCGUGGCGUAUGGGGCCAGUGCUUUCCUCUCCUAUUUGGACUGGAAGGGAGAUGGAGGAAACGCUGCCACCAACACGGUGCCGACUUAAGACUGUGGAACCCGCGGUGCUACUCCCAGGAGCAUAGUUCAUUGUUGAGACACUGAUGAUUAUUGACCCAUUUAACCCAAAUCCUGACUUAAGGCAAACCCAGAUACUAACAAUAAGACGAAACCUGUUCCAGGCGGUGGUUUAAUUUUUACCCAUCCCAGUAACAGGAAAAAUACUGGACUGAGGUCCCUCCUUCAGAACAUCAAUAAUAUUACUAAUAACAAUAAAUAAUAAAACACACUUAAUAAAUUGCAUUAAAAAUACACUUGCAUUACCAUGUACAUGAAGUAAGUGUUUAAAAUCCCAUAGAGUGAAAUUUGAAGGCACUGAAUGUGACUAAGAUUAAAAGAAGGGAAAUAUAAGCACAGGGCAGAUAUGUGCUAAACAGAAGAGGGAAGAAUACAUGAUGUGUUCAUGGUCAGUCUGAGACCACCGGCAAAUGUAAAAAUUUAAUGUUAGCUUGAAAAGGAGGAACACAAAUUCCAACCUCCAGGCCAGAUUUAUUCCAGUUAUGACAGUCUGAACUUUAACACCAAAGAAUUGGAUGUUCAGUAGUUCUAAUGUGUGUACGGUUUGUUAUCCAUCAAUGAGAAAAUGAGGAAGCAACCACUGAAAGUUAGCUUUGUAUUUUGUGUUUACUGGGCAUUACAGAGCCUUUACUGCUUCUAUACCUUUCACCAAUAAAAUGUUUUUAUUACAUUACUAAAAGUCCAUUAGCGACAGAGACCAAAGCAUUGGUAAGAAAAUGAAAAGCAGCAAAAUUAUUUUAAUCAUGAAGCUGACAAGAUGACACUUUCUGAAUGACUCAUUUUCUGAUUCGAAUAUUUUUCCACAGGUGUGCAUUUUUUUUAUGAUUUAAGUCAAAGUCUGCUCAUC